AUGGUGAUAGGCUUUAUACUGGCAGCAAUCAAUGGUGCUCUGCACAUUUUAAACAUGGUCCUGUACGGUCAUUUUGUUGGCUCACUGGUUGAACAGGGAUAUUUGGACAACGUCGCUAAGGUUAAUUCUGUAAACAGGACCUCCUCACACUCUAACGGGCUCACUCUUGCUGUCUCAUCCCUGGGCAAAUAUGAUGACGUUUACAUCACUGCUCGAGGCUCGAUAUUAUGCGAUGUAACUAUAGAACUGUACGUCCCGUUGAUCCCUCCCCACCCCUCCGCCCGUGUUUCAGGUCUGUCUGUGUGUGCGUGGGUGUGUGGAGCGACCAAGAAAAUUUUGUUCACGGUCUCAGCCCAGCGCCAAGUGAUCCGACUGAGGAAAUCUUUUUUCUCAAACAUCCUUGUCCAGGAGAUUGCCUGGUUUGAUGACCACAAGACGGGAGACUUGUCUGUUAGGAUGACAGAGGACGUGAAUCUAAUAUAUAGAGCUAUAGAAACAAAUCUCCCAAUGGCCUCACAGUGGUUCGCCUGUAGUAUAGUCAGCAUCAUCAUCACUUUCAUCUUCGGUUGGAAGCUGACAUUGGUCGUAUUGUGUGCCUACCCCGUUAUCAUUGGUGGAGCAGCAGCAGCCAACUGGAGUAUCGGUAAAACCACCAUGAAGGAGAGAGAGGCUUACGCCAGGGCUGGGGUUGUGGCUGAACAAGCCAUCUCCAACAUAAGGACAGUCGUGGCUUUUGGUGGUCAGGAAAAGGAGGCCAAGAGAUAUUAUGAAAACCUAAAUCACGCCCGAAAAUUCGGAGUAGAAAGAGGAAUUGCAAAUGGUAUAGGACAAGGUAUGCUUUGGUGCAGUAUUUUCUUUGGCUAUUCGCUAGGCUUCUACUACGGCGGUCAGCUGAUCAGGAGUGACGAGUACACAGUGAGCUCUACAGUUGUGGUGUUCUUCUCCACCUUUAUCAGUGCUGUGUAUUUGGGUUAUGCUAUACCUGCAACAAACGGUAUUUACGUUGCAAUGGCUGCGGCAGUCAAGAUUUAUCGAAUUAUCGACAAGAAAUCGUUGUGUGACAGCAGCUCAGCAGAAGGUGAAAUGCCGGCACAAGUAAAUGGAGAAAUUUUGUUCCGAAAUAUUUUUUUCUCUUACCCAUCAAGACCCUCUUUUCAGGUUCUGCGUGGCAUUGACCUCCAUGCACUUAAAGGUCAAACAGUUGCUUUGGUUGGGGCUAGUGGCUCAGGAAAGUCUACAAUCAUACAACUCUUGUUGCGCUUUUACAACCCCACUGGCAAGAUAUUAAUAGACGGCCAUGACAUUGAGAGCUUGAACCUCCGAUGGAUACGUCAGCACAUUGGUCUAGUCAGCCAGGAACCGGUACUCUUUGCUACGACAAUCGCAGAAAAUAUCCGGUACGGUCUAAAUGAUGUUAGUAUGGAUCAAAUAAUAGAAGUCAGCAAACAGGCCAACGCAUACGAUUUUAUUAUGGCACUUCCACAGCGAUUCGAGACGUAUGUAGGCGAACAUGGCGCCCAACUAAGUGGAGGACAGAAACAGAGAAUCGCCAUCGCCCGAGCUCUGGUCAAGGACCCAAAAAUUCUUUUGCUGGACGAGGCGACCUCAGCACUGGACACUGAGAGUGAGGCUAUCGUACAAGAUGCUCUAGAUAAGGUCAGCAAAGGUCGAACGACUUUAAUCGUCGCUCACCGACUGUCAACCAUUCGGAACGCAGACAAGAUAGUGACGCUGUCCAAAGGUCGAGUGGUGGAGGUGGGCACCCACACGGAGCUGAUGGAAAAAAGGGGAGUUUACUACAGCCUCGUUUCUUCACAGAUUAUUUUAUCUCUGCUGCUUAUCAGACGCAACAAAGUGAAAGAAAACAUUCAAGGAAAUAAACCCAUGUCAACUACACACAUGUUCUUACGUUUGAUAAAACUUAACUCCCCUGAAUGGAUUUUCAUCCUCAUUGGAACACUGGCCAGUAUCAUCUAUGGGGCUGUGAUGCCGCUUUGGUCAAACCUGUUUGCCCAUUUCGCUAAGGACUGCAUGUUUGCUGUUUCAGGGGAAUCUCUAACUACUCGUUUGAGGGACAUACUUUUCCGGUCAUCCCUUCGACAGAAAAUGUGUUGGUUUGAUGACCCGAGGAACGCCAUUGGGGUACUGACAACAAGACUAGCAACAGAGGCUUCCAGAGUUCAAGAGACCUUUACCUCCGCCAUGGGACUGACCAUCAACUCAUUGUCCUUGAUCGUGAUCGCCCUGGGGUUUACCUUCUACUACUCCUGGAAGAUGGCGUUCAUCAUCGUGGCAUUCGCACCUAUCGUCAUUUUCAGCGGGUGGGGACAAAUGGUUUUAACCAGUCGCAUCACGGACAAGACCAAAAAGGCUUUGGAGGAGGCAGUGGCGCAUGCUGUCCAAACCAUCUCGAACGUUCGAACAGUGGCCGCCCUGACACUUGAGCAGAAAUUCUACCAGAUGUUCGUCAAUAAGCUGGAGAAGUCGCCACACACAUUUAGUGCGGACGUCAUCGGAAGUGGGGUCCUGUACGGGUUCUUCCUGGCACUGCCGUAUUUCUCCUUCUCUGUGAUGUUCGCGUGUGGAUAUCUUCUGGUUCGGACGGGGGAGUUGCCGUUUUAUGAUAUGAUACGAGUUUUCUCGUUUGUGACUUUUGCGGUGGUCACCCUGACAAGGAUCGUGGUCCAGAUACCAGACACCACACUCGCCAAACAGGCGGCCAAGACCAUCUUUGCCGCAGUGGACAGCACUCCUAGUGUGGCGGACAGUCAAGGAGGAUCUGUGAAACUUGAUGAGGAUUCGUUUAAAAGUUCCAUUAAGUUCAAUGGUAUACGAUUCCAUUAUCCUAUGCGAAAAGAAGUUCAGGUAUUAAAUGGCCUUGACCUAGAAGUUCUUCCCGGUCAAACGCUGGCAUUGGUAGGAGGAAGCGGAUGUGGAAAGAGCACCAUAGUGCAACUUAUAGAACGAUUUUAUGACGCACAGGAAGGCAGUAUUCUUUUUGAUAAUCACAACAUCCUUGACCUUAACGUUCAAUGGCUGCGUAUGCAAAUCGGCCUGGUGUCACAAGAACCAGUCCUGUUCGACAGAAGUCUGGCUGAGAACAUCGCUUACGGGGACAACACGAGGGAGGUGGGCAUGGAGGAGAUCAUAGAGGCAGCUCGGACAGCUAACAUACACACGUUUAUACAGUCUCUGCCCUGGGGCUACGGAACAAAUGUGGGGAAUAAGGGGACGCAACUAAGUGGAGGACAAAAACAAAGGGUAGCAAUCGCGAGAACUCUGCUGAGAAAUCCAAAGAUUCUUCUGCUAGACGAGGCCACGUCAGCUUUGGAUACUGAGAGUGAGAGGGUGGUGCUGGAAGCGUUAGACAAGGCCAGGGAAGGUCGCACGUGCAUCACCAUAGCUCACAGGCUGAGCACCAUCAGAAACGCAGAUCGCAUCGCGGUGUUAAAGAAAGGCGUGAUCCAGGAGUUGGGCACACACGAGCAGUUGAUGGCGAGUCGUGGGGCGCUGUAUCGUAUGAUGAAAGCCCAGGUCAAGAGGUCAUGUGAUGACGGGGUUUAG